AUGUCGGCGUGCAGAACACUCCGGAGCAGCAACGCCCUCCUGCGCGCCGUCUCUUCACCUCCGAUCGCCAGGCCCGUUGUUGGGUCUCUCGAAGCCCGUCGCCGAUUCACUGCUUCAACCCGCGCCAUGUCGUCCUUCUAUCCCUCCUGGGAGCCCGAGGGCCCUUCGGUCAAGACCGAUAUUCCCGGCCCCAAGUCCAAGGCCGCCAUCGCCGAGCUCGACGACGUCUUUGAUACGCGCAGCCUAAACAUGCUCACCGACUACACAAAGAGCGUAGGCAACUACAUCGCUGACCCGGAUGGCAAUGUCUUGUUGGAUGUGUACGCCCAGAUCGCCUCCAUCCCUCUCGGGUACAACAACCCGGCUCUGCGCAAGGCCGCCCAGAGCGAUGACAUGAUCAACGGCAUCAUCAACCGACCCGCCCUGGGCAACUUCCCCCCCGCCGAAUGGGCCAGGAUUCUCAAGACCGGCAUCCUCAAGGUAGCCCCGAAGGGACUCGACCAGGUGUUCACCGCCAUGGCCGGGUCCGACGCCAACGAGACCGCCUACAAAGCCGCCUUCAUGUGGCGCCGCCAGCGCGAGCGAGGCGGACCCAACGUCGAGUUUACCGAAGAAGAGAUGAACUCGGCCAUGAACAACCAGUCCCCCGGCGCCUCCCAGCUCUCCAUCCUCUCCUUCAAGACGGGCUUCCACGGCCGCCUCUUCGGCUCCCUCUCCACCACCCGCUCCAAACCCAUCCACAAGCUCGACAUCCCCGCCUUCGACUGGCCCCAGGCCACCUUCCCCCAACUCAAAUACCCGCUAGACCAACACGCCGCCGAGAACGCCGCCGCCGAGCGCGCCGCCCUCGACGAGGUCGAACGCCUCCUAACCACCUACCACGUGCCGCCCUGCGCGGUGGUCGUCGAGCCGAUCCAGUCAGAGGGCGGCGACAACCACGCCACGCCGGCCUUCUUCCGCGGGCUGCGCGAGGUGACGCGGAAGCACGGGGUGCUGCUGAUCGUGGACGAGGUGCAGACCGGGGUGGGCGCCACGGGCCGCUUCUGGGCGCACGAGCACUGGGACCUCCCCCACCCGCCCGACAUGGUCACCUUCAGCAAGAAGGCCCAGACCGCCGGUUACUACUUUGGCGACCCCGCCCUCAGGCCCAACAAGCCCUACCGCCAGUUCAACACGUGGAUGGGCGACCCGGCGCGCGCGCUACUGUUCAGGGCCAUCGUGGACGAGGUAAAGAAGCAUGAUUUGGUGAGGCAUACGGAGAGGGUGGGUAAUUACUUGUUUGGGAAAUUGGAGGGGCUGGCGGCGAAGUAUCCGGGCGAAUUUCAGAACUUGAGGGGGAAGGGCAUGGGCACGUUUAUUGCCUUUGAUAACCCGCGGAGGGACCAGUUCCUGGCUGUGGCGAAGAAGCUGGGGGUAAAUAUUGGUGGGAGUGGGCAGAGCGCCGUCAGGUUGCGGCCCAUGUUGAUCUUUGAGGAGAAGCAUGCGGAUAUUUUGGUGGGGGUUUUGGAGAAGAUUGUUACGUCGUGGUAG